UAUACUAGAUAAAAAGAGCAAUCCUUUUGUUCUGCGUAUACAAAAGAAAAUGUCCACUCGCCCAUUAAAUAAAUUAUUGAAUGGCUUGAAAGUUAAAAAACGAUCGUGGAUUCCAAGGAUUAAUAAACGCAGUGGAAUCAAGAAAAAGGAACUCAUAUUAGAAGAACAAGUACUUGCACCAAUCCUGAGAAGACAAAUAACAAUAUUUGAUCUUCCAGCCGAAAUUUAUUCACAUAUACUUUCUUACCUUUUAUUCACAGACUUAUAUUCUCUUUCUUCAGUUUCGAAAUUCUUUAGGAAUUUACUUUGGUCAAAAUCGGAAUUUACUCAAUCAAUUUGGAGAAAUUGUAGAUUAUUUCAUAAUCCCAUUUAUCCCAAAUUGCCUCCGCCUAAUGGAAUGUGCGAACAGCAAUACAUUUGGAUUACUUUAGCUAAAAGAACUUGUCAGUUUUGUAAAGAAAUUUAUGAAACUACUGCUUAUGAUAAAUGGUCUGUAAAAAUAAAUUUUUGCAAUCUUUGCAUCGCAAGUGAUAAAUAUUUCAUAGAAGAAAACUGUGGAUCAGUUACUUUACCACAAGAACUUAAGGGUU